GUGUGUGUGUGUGUGUGUGUGAGAGAGAGAGAGAGAGAGAGAGAGGGAGAAAGGGAGGGAGAGAGAGGGAGGCAAACAGGAGCCAUCAGUUCCAUCUAUCUGACUCUCAUACUACCGGAUAUUAUUAUUUUUUGGGGGGCUUCUUCUUUAUUUCCUUCAUCUUCAUCUUCUUCGCUCCACUUUGACUUCAAGCUUUUUAUUUCCUCUCGACUCGACUCUUUCUAAAUCCUCCUCUCAUCGCAUGGGACGACAGACAUCCGCAUCUCUGGCUGCUGUUUUAUUUUUUAUUUUCUCUCACGAGAUCUCCGGCGGGUCAACCGACCGAGCGACGGACGGACCGCUCGACCGGACCGGACCUGACCGGACCUGACCGUCUAAUAUCUGAAACUCGGAGGAGGACUCGGGUGUUCUGGUGUCGCUGCGGAGUUAGUUUGAGGUCUGACAGCAGCAGCAGCAGCUCCUGAAGGCUCAGCCCGUCUGACAGGAUGAAUCACACCAACAUGCUGCCGUCUCGGAGAUAAAUACAACAUUUUAUUUUUAUUUUUUAAACAUAUAUUUUCUCUUUCACUUCGUAUUUAUUUUUGGUUCUUUCCAUGGGACGGGCGGGACAGCGGGACAUCAGGUGGACAUCUUGAGCGCACCUCACCUGUCCGUCCGCGCACCUUUAGACGGCGCGCCUGUCAAUCAGCACCGCUAAUUGGAUUAUUUCACUCUUGAACUUAACAAGUCUGCAGGUCCUACCUUCCUCCUCCCCCCCUCCCCUCCACCUUCCUCCUUCCUCCCGCCUUGGAAGUUAUGUCCAGGCCGCUCACUCAGCUCCUACCGCCGGAUCUGCCUGCCGGGGCCACCAGCCCCCAGUUCGGGGCCAGCAACCCGGCGGGAAGUGGCCCCCAAGGCGGACACCUGACCUCCAUGACCAACCUGAAGUCGCUGCUCCAGCUGCCGAUCAAGGCCGACCAGAGAGGCCCCAAGGACUGCUGCGAGAUGAAAGACAAAGACAAGCCCUUGGACUCUGAUGAAGACUCGUUGGGGGCCAACGGCGGCGGGCCCGGUGGGGUGACAGGAGCCCUCGGGUCCAGCGCCGUCCGGCCGCUCUCCCAGUCGGCCUUCCUGGGCCCGCUGCUGUGGGAGAGGACCCUGCCGUGUGAUGGAGGCUUGUUCCAGCUUCAGUACAUGGACCUGGAGGAGUUCUUGACCGAGAACGGGAUGGGGAUGCACAGCAAUGGGCCCAGUUCCACCAGUGCCCAGAUCCCCUCCCAGAGCUCCCAGUCGGCGGUGCCCAACCAGAGCUCCCAGUGUCCCCCGAGCUCCCCUCCGCCCUGCUCCUCCUCAUCCUCCUCCAUGUCCUCCUCAUCCUCCUCUUCCUCGCUGCUGGGACUGGAGACCGUCCAGCCGCAGCCGCCGCCGCCGCCGCCACCGCCACCUCAGCAGCAGCAACCGCAGCAGCCACAGCAGCAGCAGCAGCAGCAGCAGCAGCAGCAGCAGCAGCAGCAAGGCAUGAUGGGAGGACCUGAGUGUCUACAUGGUGGUCAGGCGGUGCCUCAGGACCCGUCACCUUCUUCUACCUGCCCUCCGGGACCCCCCGGACCUCCCGCAGGUGCCAAUGGCAGCAGCGACAUCAUGGUGAACUUUGACCCCGACCCAGCAGACCUGGCGCUGUCCAGCGUUCCGGGCCAGGAGGCGUUCGAUCCGCGGCGGCACCGCUUCUCGGAUGAGGAGCUGAAACCUCAGCCGAUGAUCAAGAAGGCCCGCAAGAUGCUGGUUCCCAACGAGCAGAAGGAUGAGAAGUACUGGAGCCGGCGCGUCAAGAACAACGAGGCGGCGAAGCGCUCGCGGGACGCCCGGCGGCUGAAGGAGAACCAGAUCUCGGUGCGCGCCGCCUUCCUGGAGCGGGAGAACGCCGCCCUCCGCCUGGAGGUGGCCGACAUGAGGAAAGAGCUGGGCCGCUGCAGGAACAUCAUCAACAAGUACGAGAGUCGACACGGAGACUUGUGAGGCGGCGGAGGACGACGACGAAGACGACGACGACGACGAAGAUGAAGGAGGAAGGGGGCGGGAAAGGGGAGGAGGAAAUGAGAAAAGGGUACAAAGGCAACCCAACAACAGCAGCACUUUAGUUGAAGUGGCGAGGCGGGAGGCCGGCGUAGAUCUGCAGUAAGCGCUGUGCGACACCAGGCGUAAACAUUAACGCGUGUUUUCAGCGAGCUCGCUGUGUUUCAGGAUGUCACAGGAAAGCACAGCGGCGCCAUUUUCCCCCCAGUUUGACUCUCUUUGUACAUGCUGCUUAGUUGAACCCACACGACGUACUGUAUCACCUUGUGUCACCUCGGCAGCUUUACGUCACCCACCCCCGCCCCCCUCGGUGCUGUGUUGCUUACGGCCGGUGUCGCACGGCGUUUUUUGCAGGUAGUGCGUUCCGGCCGCUGCUCCGGCCGGUUCAAACAGGGUGUUGGAUUCACAUUAUGCCAGUGAAAUCUCACUUUUUAAGCUCAAGGCACGGAUUCAAGCCAGGAGAGGUCAGAUGUGUCAUUUUUUUCUAUGAAUAGGACAAAAAAAACAAACAUGUAUAUUUUUGAACUGGGCAGGAAGGCGAGACUAGUCCAGCAAAGAGAAAGAGGAGGAGGAAGAGGUGGAGGUGGUGCAGGGUUUUACGUCCAUAACGCAAAGAGAUUUUGACAUAGGAUUAUUGUAUAUUUUUCUAUUAGCAGAGAUAGUCAGGAGGAGGAUUUUGGAGAUAAUCUUUUGUAUAUUUUAUAUAUGGGGCGGGGAGGGGCGGUUAGCUGGACGGUCACGGGGCCACACAAAGCGCUUUUCCUCUCAACUGUUUAUUGCUAAAACAACAAAUAAUCUAUUUUCGAUUUCACGGGGGGCUGGUUAGUCGAAGGCGAAACAGAGAAUGUAUCACGGUUGAAUCAGGUAUUUCACAUGGUGCGAGACGAUGACGGGCAUGCGGGGGCGGGGGUGGGGGGCAGGUAAAUCUUAGUAACGAUUGUUUUCGGUUUAAAAAAAAGGAGGACGGUGAAACAACAAUUGUAUAGUUUUAUGAAAUUCUUUUGUGUUUCGUUUCUUUUCUCUUCUUCGUGGGCUCGUUCAAAGCACUUGAUUUUUUUUCUUUUUUUUUUUGUUAUCUUCUCUUUGAUUCCGUGUCUGAUUAAAACAAAACAAAAAAAAUCGCAGGGCUUUUUAUUUUUUAUUUUAUUUUUUUUGGAAGGCGAAAAAGAGAGAGAGAGAAGGAGGGAGGGAGGGGGGAGAAACAGGAAGUCAUUAAGCCAUCAGAGCGUCUGGAUGUGAGCAGAUGCCUGGAAUAAAACACGGUGGAGGAUUUCGCUGGCAGGUUUAUUUUUUAUUUUUAUUUUUAUUUUUUGCAUUUAAAAAGUUUUUUGGUGUCUCGCUCGCUCACACACGCACGCACACAAACACUAAAGACGAGACACGCAAUUUUGGUUGUUGUUGUCUGUUCUCUCUCUCUAUUGGCUCCUUCGGUUUUUUGUGUCCAGGAAGUGCAAAAAUGAAAACACUCUACCGGUUCAGGGUCGAUUUGCCCCGGAUUGAACAGUGACUGAAAAAACAAAAACCCUUCAGCAUGCAGACACACAUCAAACAGACACACACACACACACAGUCCUCACCCAGGUUUUUAACCCUUAUCGUUGUUGUUGAUGUUGUUAUGGACUUCUAUGGUGCUGAUCUGAUCCUUCACCCGACACAAACACACACUGACAAACAUCCACACACACACACAUCCACCAUCUCAAAACACAGUACUGAACUGCCUAAACCCUUUCUUUGUCUUUUAUUCCUUCUUUUUAGUUCAUUUUUUUCUUCCUUUUGUUGCAUAUUGUAUCGAUAAAUCGUAUUAUAGAUUUACACACCAACACUUGUCUAUACCUCUCCUUUUAAAAAACUUUUACCCAAUGAGAAACGAGAAAUGCACCCUACUGCUACUGUACCAUACAAACUGUACUAUUGAAUAUUAAACUAUUCUCUCACUAGAUAUAUAUGUAUAUGAUAUAUGCUUGAAUUAUGUGAUUAUAGUUGUAAUAUACAUAAUUGAAUAUAUUACGGAGAAACCCAUCUGAAUCAUUUUGUCAGUUUUUUCUCAGGUGUUUUUGUCUGAGGUAUUAAAUACACGUAUUAAAAAAAGAGAAAACACAAAAAAGGUUUGGUCACAGAGUUUGUUGGUUUGGUUUGUUAUGUUUUGUUUGUUUUCAGAGAUGUUGGGUUUUACUGUUAUGAUUCUGUUUAUUACUAACUCACUGUGGGAGGGAAGACUUUUCUCCUCGUUCACUAAACCCCGCUCCAUCGGUCACCGUCGUUAAUCUUUGCAUUGUAGAACUUUAUGUUUACAUUUAACUGCAUUGACAGUGGCAGGUUUACAACUUGAAAUUCUGCUUAUUUCUAAAACGUUGGGUCCCUCACACCUAAACCUGAUUUAUGGAAGGUCGCUCAAUGAUUUCCUUUCAGGUCACUCACCUGGAAAGUAUUGUUAUGAUAUGGAUGCCAUCACCAUCUUUUUAACUAGUGUCUAGGAAAGUGUUUGGUAACUGUGGCGAUGAUUAACAUCUUUCCCUGACACAUAACAUUCCUGCAGAGUAAGAACAGAGUACUUUCACUGGCAACUUAAUUACUGUGUCCAAAAUCACUCCCAAAGCCCAUUGUUCCAAAAAAUUGGCUCAGUGGAUCGAAAGCCCGGUCCGUUAUCCCCCAAAACAAAUGCCCACUGCUCUGAAGGCAUGUUGUUCCCAAGAUAUGUACACUAAACCUUAAUAUUUUAGUGUCGGAUGACUUUUGUUGUCACUGUAACUUAAAUAAAUGUGUGGUUAACAAGAUGUAGUAUUUUAGCUAUGCUAAACUAGCAAAGUCCGGAGCAAUGAGUGUUUGUUUUUGGUCUACGGUCCAGUGGUACAUGUUUCUGACAUUUGUGGUUUUUAGAUUAAUGGACAGUAAAUUAAAUGUCAUGUAUAAACAACUCUUUCCAUUCCAUUAUAUACGUUGUGCUACAUAAAUAGUGUGUAGGACACCUAACACAGUGCACUGUCUUGGCAGAUUAUAUUAGCUAGGCUAGUGAACGGAUUCAGUGCAAAAACCUAGCUGUAACGUUAAAACUUUGGUUGGAGACUGAACCUGCAAAAAUCUUAAAAAAACUUUUAUUUGAUAGUUUGCAUCAUGUAAAUGAAGCAGCAACACAAGGUGCAAAUAACAACGAGGCUACAGCUGUCAGAUGUGAUCAGCUGUGGCUAGCUAGCUAAGCGAGCUAACACCAUCCAGUGAAAAAUCUAUCUCCGGCUGACAUUUUCUUUCAAGCUCACAAGAUUUAAAACAAGAAUUCAGGCUAUCACAGAGCCACAUGUCCGAAACAGAAUGUCAGCAUGUUCACUAAUAAAUAUCCUGAUUGAUAUUGAUCUAUUGCAGCAGUUUGCUUUAUAGCUGAUAGUGUUCAAGUAUACAGCAGGCGCUACUCAGUGGACUUGUCCAAUCAUAAUGAGGCUUCAUCUAAAUUAAACCAACAUAUUAAUGCAGUCAGUUCAUCACAUGCAAUUUCUUGGCUUUGAAAUACCAGCAAAUUACUUCUUUUUCUUGUUCAGCGUGUCUCUCUACGCUGAUGACACUCCGUUUUAUCCAUUUCUUCACUUUUGCUGUCAUGUUUUCAGUUUUUGAAACAGAUAAUUGAUUACCUGCUGUUUUCGGGGAGGGGUUUAGUGAACUGUUCAUUCUGAGCUGUCUUGUCUUUAUUUAGAGAUGGUACCUAAACCUUAUUUUUAGCCAUUUCAGCCACAGCUGCUGGUAUUAUAAAAAAAAUGUUGUUGUUGACAUACAUUUCUUAUCAGUUGUCUCAUGAAACAGCUUGAAUCUGUGAUCAGAUCUCACGUAAAUCCCCUUUUUGAUGCCCAAGAACAACUUUCACUUGAUUUCUUUGAGUCCACAUCAUCCACAGGGACUAACGUGAACCCCAGGUGUAUCAUGGGAGCUGUAGUUCUAUCCUUGAUAUAUGUAUUUUUUCCCAUUUUCUCGUCCACUUUCUUGUUUUUCUGGGAUUAUGUUUAAACCUGAUACACAGACACAAACUUUUGAAUUUAAAUCCCUGGAAGAAACGUCUCAGAGCUUCUUAUGUGUCCAUCUGUCGAUGGAAGAAGAAAGCCAUGUGUUGUUUUUCUUUUUUGAUACCUGGGAUUUUUGGAUUUCUUCACAGACGUGUUACAGAAACUUUUUUGACUUUGCUAUUUUUCUAUGUAACUGUGUUGUUGAGCGUGGUACAACUUUUUUUUCCUGGCGGGUGUCCGAGGCUCGCUCUUCACCUGGUGGCAGUGAACAUCGCUGCUUUAUUGAUCACACAGCAUUGCGGGUAAUAAAGACAAUAAUAACGAUGAAACAAUAAUGUACACAGCCAUGUUCUUUCUCCUUCAAUUCUGUGGAUUCUCAGCUAACUAUCUCCAUGUUGUGACUGUUAUGAACUACAAGUCCCAAGGGCGCAACACUUCCCCGACUCCUCACCGGUAUUUGUGUGCUGUCCACGGGGAUGAUGGCAUAAUGUGGUCUGGCUUUUUUCCCUCCAAACACCAAUAAAAGCUUAUACUUA